GAGAAUUUCUGGACUGCAAAGACUUCUUAUGGUUCUGAGUUCUCCAGGGCUGGCAUGUUUUAACUGAACUGCUGCAAUGAUUCUGUAAAAAAAGUCGGACAUUUCUAGUUGGUCAAAAGGAAAACAAAUAACCUCAGCCAUGGAGAGAAAGAGGCUGCUACAGAAAAGGGAGUUUGGGAAAAGACUUUCUCUGGACAGCAGUCUUGUGGAAUAUAUGGACUCAAACAAAUACAUAGAGCAUUUAGUAACUCAGCUGGAAGAACAACGCUGGAAUUUAUGGAGGCAAAAGCUGUCUGUGGCUCGGCUGCAGCGAGAGGUGGCACAAAGCAAGAGCGAAGGAGCAAUGCGUGAGAAGCUGAUACAUGAGUUGGAGGAAGAAAGACAUUUAAGACUUGAGAGUGAAAAAAGAUUACGGGAGGUGACACUGGAGUCAGAGCGGAGCAGAGCUCAGAUGCGUGGGCUGCAAGAACAGUUUUCCAGAAUGGAGGAGACAGUGAGAAAUCUGCUACAGAACCAAGGAUCCCCAGGCCAGCAUGGAGAAGGAACUGUCAAUAUCAUGAAGGUAUAUCAGGAAAAGCUGUCAGAAGACAGUAGGAAAUGUAAAGAAGGCAUUGAAAAAAUGUGCACAGCAGCAGAUGAAAAUUCAAGAAGUGAAGGCAGCAGCACUGAAGAGGAAAAAGAAAAGACAAAAUUGUUAUUGGAGCGAUUGAAAACUCUGGAGGCAGAGAAUUCAGCGCUGGCUCUAGAAAAUGAAAAUCAGAGAGAACAGUAUGAAAGAUGCCUUGAUGAGGUAGCUAAUCAGGUUGUUCAGGCUCUGCUUACACAAAAGGAUCUGAGGGAGGAAUGUAUAAAGCUGAAAACAAGAGUUUUUGAUUUGGAACAACAGAAUCGAACAUUAAGUGUGCUCUUCCAGCAGAGAGUCAAACCUGCUUCUGACCUCCUUCUUCAGAAACUCCAUUCGCGCAUCCUAGACCUCUCUUCUGGGGAUUUGCUCUCAGAAGUAGAAAGGAACAGAAGCCUGAUGCAAUCUCGAGCUGCUGAUGCGCAGAUUCAUGAAUGCCAGCAGAAUGUGAAAUCCAGUAUACCUGUCUUGAAAUGCCAGAGUCAAUUAAACAUGACAGGUGCUUGCCGCCUGUAUCCCCGGAGCAGCUGCAGUAGCAGUGAACUCUCCCUCUCAAGUGCUUGCAGUGAAUAUUCCAGUGGUUCCUCCCACACUUGGAAUGAUGGAAAGACAUGCAGCAAAAGGUCAUCCGUGAGCUGGGAUAAAAGAAUAAGCAUUGGUUCUUCACUCCCAAGCAACCUCUCAAGUCCUGCAGAUGAUCUACCUCCAACUCGUAUCAAGGAAAACCAUAUCUUGGAAGCACUGAAGAAAUUACAGAAGCAAAAAAUAUUACUUGAAUCACCUUCAGUAAUAUCAAAAUGGGGUUACAAAGAUUGCAUGAACUCUAAUGAAGGAAUAUAUUCCCCUGGAGUUAAAUGUGGCAGCCACAAUGAGCAGACUCAUUGUAAGCCAAUGGAAGGGGGAAGUAUUUGCAUUGAACACAACAAAACUUUCUCCUAUGAUUCAGAUUCACAUGACGAUGCAGAUGAUGACUCUUCAUCCUCACUGUUGCUGCAGGAGUUACCAAGCAAAGACUGCAGGACCCAUUGUAACAAAUUAACUCACAGCAUUUCUGAUAGUCUCUUUGACUGGGAUCCUAAUAGGAAACUCUUGCCAGAAAGAAGUUCAUUUUUUAAUUCAAAGGAAAGACCUGAAAAGUUGACUAGUUUUGUCAGUGGCUUUCAGGCAGAAGUAAAAUUGUGUGCCAGAGCAAAGCUGCCUGAGUUACAGUUCAAUCAAAGCCAUGCUAAUAUAGGCUGGAAGGAGCUUAAUUUUCAGCUUUCAGAUACUGAUGACAAUGAGGCCUUGGAUGAAUUGCAUAUAGAAAGCAGUGAUGAGAAAAGUCCAUCAGAUUUAUUAGCAACUCCUUUUACUGAGAAGUACACAAGGACCUCUGACAUGCUCAAAGUCACAGAGAAUUCUCAGUUUGUAUCUACGGACAAAGAGGAAAAUCAGGUAUCUGCUCACUCAGACAUUAGGCCAAAGACAUGUAAUUUCAUUAAACAACAGAAGGUUAUAAAAAAGACCUCUUCUGAAGAAUGCAUUACCGUAAUAUUUGAUGCUGAGGAUGGAGAACCUAUUGAAUUCAGCUCACAUCAAACUGGAGUUGUCACUGUAACAAGAAAUGAAAUUUCAAUCAACCAGCCACAAACUAGGUCCAGUGCAGAAUAUACUGAACUUAUACCUCAGGGAAUAACUGAUUUGCAGACAGGAACCAGGGCUAGAAACUGCACUGCUUUAGAAAGACCUGAAGAUGAAACUGAUAAACAGACUCUUGAAGAUAAUACAGGGAAUAAAAAUACAGUUGUCCCCAUGACCUCCAGUGAAUCUUCACACUGUGGAAGAGCAACAGUGCAAAAUAUGUCUCGACAAAAACUAGUGAAGCCAGUGUGUGAUGUAUCCCACAAGGCCAAUUCAACCUCCACUGUGCAUGCAGGAAUCAAUCAAAAGCCAUGCUUGACUAAAAUACCCAGCAGAGGUAAAUUUUCUCCACAAAAGUCAGCGAUGACCGAGAGUGAGGAGACACAUGUAGCUCAACCAGUGGGCCCUACAACCCUUGAAAAAUCACCUGCUCUGCCACCUGUAAAGCUCUCAAGAUUCAAAAAGGCACAAAGUCCGCCUCGUAAUUUUGACUCAAAAGUUGAUCUCCAGGUUCCAAAGCCCCCUGCCCAUGUUCUGCCUGGCUUGAAACGUCCAGGUAGAGGAGACAGGUCAAAGUAUCCAAAGAGCCAGAAUCCAGCAUCACCACUGUUGCCUCAGCACCUUAUAGAGCCCAGUGACUAUGGAGAACCUCCAACCAGAGACUUUCAUUGUGAUUUAGCAACUGUAGAAGCCCGAUCACCAUCCCCACCCCUUCCUCCAGGGAGGUCAACAUCCCUGUUGAUUCGGCCUAAUUAUGCUCAUGCACCUCCUGUAGUGGUAAAGUUAGGAGGAGCUGGUCCCAGUGAAACAGCAAAAACUAUACUGAAAUCAUCACCAAUAAAAGGAUAUGUGAACUCUGGCUUUCUUAAUCAAUCUAGUAAUGAAAUGCAAGCAAAAAAUUUAUCUUCUGGGGCCAAAAUUGAAUUAUCUUACCUUCAAGAAAAUGCAGAAGCAAUUAUGCAAAAUAAAUGCUUAUCUCAGCAACCCCACAGUGCAUGUCAAGUACUUUCCAAAGUUUCCACAAAGCAAAUCUGCCCAAAAAACCCUAAUCAGCGGGAUCUCCACAGGAAUCAUGAAUUUUCCAACACAGGUUUCCAAAAAGCCAGAUCCUUUUCUCUGGGUGGUCCAUCAUUGGAAGCAAUUUCUUCACAAGAUGUCUAUUCCAGCAAAAAAGAUAUUUCCAGUGACAGUGGGGUGGAUCAGCCACAAAAGAUGUCAGAUAUUCUCCCUGCAACUCCUCAGUGUCAUACAACAAGCACAAGUGAGCCUUUGCUAUCUCAGGUAAACAAUUCUACAUUUUCAACACUGUUUCAUGGUAGUGACGCUGCACAUGCUACCCAGAACUCUAAUGAGAAAGGAAUGAAAACCCGUCUCCCUGUAGGACUGAAAUUAUUUGUCAAAUCUCCCCAACUACUCCGAAAGAGCUCUACUGUACCAGGGAAGCAGGAAAAAGACAGCAUAAAUGCAGCCUCCAAAAGUAAUGGGAGUUCAAGUAAGCACAAGCAAAAUGAAUCUGUAAGCAUAACCACUAGAGGUGCAAUGGCUGCUGAAUUAAAAGACUCUACAUCUGACACUGAAGUAAAAAAUAAUGUUACUGUGGGACUUAGUAUGGAUACAGCAUCACCUCAUUCACAUGAGAACUGCAACUUGGUGGUAGACAGAGUAGAUGGAUUAGAAAACAAAUUAGUUAAGAGAUCUGUUUCUUCUAGCAACAAGUCGCACUUGAAGCCAGCUCUGGGCAUGAAUGGAGCAAAAGCUCGUAGCCAGAGUUUUAGCAUUCAUACAGGGGAAAAGCCAUCUGGCUCUGUGACAGAAGGUCUUGGAAAAGUACGGACUCAAAUUAUUACAAACACUUCUGAUAGAGGAAAUUCUCUAACAAGGCAGAACUCAGCCAUGGAAGGACUUCAAAUCAAGGCCAUUCCUGGAUCAGCAGUAAUACCAGAGACUCUUUCAUAUACUCCUAAAACCACAGAAAAUUCCUAUUUUAGACAAAGUUCUCUUGGAAAUACAAGUAGUGGCAAUAGCCAGCAUGGAAGCCCAAGCAAACUGCCCUUCAGGUCAUCUCCAAAAGUAGACUUGUUUCACAGCACUUCAAAAUGUGAUGGAAACAAACCUCAGAAAGACGCACGCAGUCUAUCUGUCCAGAGUGAGAAAAGCACUGAAAGUUUUAAACAUGAAGCUAUAAGUAAAAAAAGUGUUCUGCCAGCAGAAUUGGAGUUAGAAGCCUCAGCUGCUGUAUCUUCCAAACAAAUGUUAUCAUUUCAAAGCUCGGAUCGAAUGAAGUGUCCUCAUAAACUGGAAGCAACAAAGUCACAAAGACAGAAAAUGUCUUUAAAGUUAUCAGAAGCCUCUGAGAAGGUUACCAGUGUUUUGAGUUCACCAGCUCAACAACCUACAAUAGAGGAGAAAGUCAUGUUAUGCAUCCAAGAAAACGUGCAAAAGGGUCAGGGACAAACCAAAUCUCCUACUGUGGAGACUAAACAAAAGACUGGGCCCUCUCUAGCUAGUUGGUUUGGCUUUCGAAAGAGUAAGCUCCCAGCACUGAGUAGCAGGAAAACUGAUGUUCCUAAAAUAAAGGUAGAAAAAAAAGAUGUAAAAGUUUCAGGAUUUGGAAUUAAGCAGGCAAAAUUGGAGAGAAGAAAAGAAAAAAAGAAAACUGAGCAGCACUGUGAAAUAGAAAAUGAAAUUAACAGGGUAACAGACAACAGUGAUAUUCUAGCUGAUGUCAUGGAGAGCAACAUUAUGAAACCUUCACAAGACGUGCUUAGUGAGAUGGAGUGUGAACAAGUCAAAGGUUCCACCACAGCUACGUACUCACCAAGAGACAGUUUUAUGAAAGAGCUUUUAAACAGAGUUGAUAAGAAAGCAGCUCAGCAGACAGAAAGUGGAUCAAAUAAUGUUUCCUACAGGAGUGUGUCGAAGGGCAGCUCCCAGUGCUCCUCUGUUCAUGGCAACUCCAUCAGCUCUCAAGGAAACCACAAGAAAAACAGUAACACAAAAGCUGAUAUGGAAAUGCAGAAUCAGACCCUGGCUAAAGUAGUCACAGAAAACCUGCAAGAAGAGGAGGAAGACACCAUGACAAGGACUACAUGUCAGAGUCAUGUGAUAGAGUCUUGCUGCCAGAUGAGGACACUGGACAGUGGGAUUGGAACCUUCCCCCUCCCAGACUCAGGGAACCGAUCUACAGGGCGACACAUUUCUAAGCAGGACUCGACCUUGGAAACAGAAGCCCUUGCACGAUCGGAGCAAGUUCUUAUUUCAGCUCCUUCAGUAAAAGCCAAAACUCUGGAGCGAGAAGUGCCUUCAACAGCUAAGAGCCAGGAGUCUGUGGAAAGCACAAUUAGUCACUCAACAUCUGAUCCAGCCAUGACUGCUAAAGGUAUACAACCUUUUCAAAGUCGCCUUCCCAAACCAGCUUCCUCAGGAAUAAUUAGCGUCGCAAAGCAAAGUGAACAGGUACCGAGUUCUGUGACCCCUGCAUCAUUAGAGCAUAUUGAAGAAACUGUGGAAAACAGAAAAGUUCUUCCUGAGAGAACCACCAAGAAAACUACUAAAACAAAGGACAGAGCUCUGAGAGUGUGUACUUAUUCUGCAAGCAGCAGUGACACUGAGCUGGAGCCAGAGUAUGAAACAAAUUAUUUUAGAACUGCAGAGGAGACUUUUGUAGAGUUAACAAAGAACAACAAACAAGCUGAGCAGGAAAAACAAAAUCAGAGAAAGUCAUUUCUGGGGAACCCAAUGUCGAUCUUGGAUUUAUACCAGCACAGUCUCUAUGGCCAUUUUGGAGAGGAUGGACCUGAGCAAUUAACACAUUACAGCUUAAUUGAGCAGCUGAGUGGAGCUUCCAGUAAAGACAGCAAGGGCAAGCAGACCACAAGUAAAUUGAAGCAAACAGAAGAAACAAAAGAGGAUUCCCAGAAUAGAUUAUCUAAAAUUUCCCUGGAGUCUCUCAAUAAAUUUAACAGCAAUAACGUACUUUUAUUAGAAAAAGAGAAGAACUGUCUGAACAUGGUUGAAGGACAAAUGGAAGAAAGUGGAAAGAAAGAAGCAGUCUCCUUAAAUAGCUCGGGUAGGCACGACGUGGACAAUUUAGAAUCCUUGAGCGAUUCCCUGUACGACAGCUUCUCCUCCUGCACCAGCCAAGGCUCCAACGAUGUGUAGAGACACUUCCCAGUGGGCUGUGGCUGCGGCACGGAACGGAGCUGAAGGCCAGUGGGAAGAAGAGGCACUUGUUGAAAAUUCCCACUCCAAACAGCUGCGCUGGCUCAGGGUGGUCUGACCCGGCACGACACUGCAGUAAGAGAGGCAGGAGCGCAGUCAUCGUGAGGCCCGAGACUCCACAGUGAACACAAGCAACGGUUACACAGAGUAAAGUCUUAAUUUUGCACUUUUGUGAACAUUUGUACAGUUGUAUAUAACUUGGGAAAAUAUAUUUGUAGGGAUAAAUGACAGCAAUAAAUAUUAAAUUGGUGCUAUGCUCCUGUAAUGGCAGAUUACUAACUUAAAAAGAAGUUGAUGUUAAUAUUAACACGAAAAGUUAGUAGAUUUUUUUUAAAAAGGAUUUAUAACUGUUCUAGUCUUAAAGCUGUAUGUAGAAACACUGCUUUACCAUAAACCUGAGCCUGCCAGACUGUCUGUCAGAAACUUUCUUGGCCUCCCUUUUACAAAACUUACUUUAUUUUUAUUCUCAGUGCAAUUUCAUGCAGGUGUUCUAGGGAACCGUGCAUUUCAGUGACUACAACUUCGCAACAGGUGUCUUAUUUCAAAAGGGUUUUGACUUUUGACACAGUAAAAUGAAUAGAUUAAAAGGCCUGAUAUUGCUGGUAUCGCCUUCACAAAUCAUGCGCGUUGCUGUUUGGAAGAGCAGGGUCAAAGUAACUCUCAGCUGACGCAGAGGGGAGUCUUGUAGCACGAGAACUGCGCAAACCAGCCUUUUCUUCCGACUGCAACGUAGUUUUCUCCACUUCCAUCCCCUCUGUACUCAUUCCCCUAUCAGUUUCUGAAUGUUACCAUUUUGUCUUACAUUUUGUAGUCCCCGUUUGGUCUUAAUUAUAUUGUAGACGCUAAUUUUUAAAAGUCGAAACCUCCUGUUCGUGACAUGCUUAAAGAAGAUGUUGGUGCCGACUCAGUACUAGUUCAGACACAUCUAGGAGCAGGGCUAUUGGCGUGUGUGGGGUUGUGGUGUUUUUUCUACAGAGGUUGUUUAUAUGUAAGGGAAAGUCUAUUUCAAAGGUUCUGUGUAUUUUUUCUAGAUGUGGAGUAUUUAUAUCUGCUUUUUGUACAGCGAUCUGUAAACUAGAUAUAUUUGGGAUAUUUCUAGACUCUACAGUUUCUUUAGCACAUGCCUGUUCAUCUUUGAAAUAUUGUACGAUCAGUGUUAAUAUUUUGUGCAAUUCGUUAUAUUUUAAGUAAUUUCCGCCGUAAAGUUGCGUCAUCUUUUUUGACUUUCAAGAAAUUUUCAUGGAAACGUCUUUCGUAAAUAAAACUUCUCUUGCAGACCUGUGUG